AAGGACUCACAACUGACUUCCAAACAUUAACUUCUUGGCCGUGGCUGCCUAUUCGCCGUCUAAUCACUCUCCACACAAACAUGACGGAUAUGACGUUUGCCAACAAAACCGGUUUCCUCUGCCGCCUCACUGUCCGCCGGAGCCAGACAAAAGCACGCAAAUCGCCUCGUUAGCGGAGGCGCAUCUGUUUACGGCCAGUGUUUGACUUUUGCUCGAGAGGAACGUCUGUUUGUCGGACGGCGCGCGGUGUUCUGUGUUCAUCCAUUUCCUCCACUGUCGAUUUCCAAGUCGGCCCGGCCGCGUCAACAGUCGAAAGUUGUGAAGUUUCCUAGACUUAUCCGACGCGCAUAGGUUCGUUCCGCUUCUGGGAAAAUGCCCGGUGAUAGGUACCCAAGGUGUGAAUUGUUUUGUGUGAAAAGUACCCGUGACGGGAGCGAGUACCCAGAGAUCUAGUGAAAAGUGAGUCGCCUGUCGUUCUCCAAGAAGAAACCUUGAAUCAAGGUGGAGCAGCGGUGCUGAGAGCUGGUUAAGAAGCGGAGGGAAGGGAAGCAGAACGGGUCGCCGCAAAAGAUUUUAUUUUGUUCAGAUCGUUUCUACCAUACGUAAUAGCAUUUAAGUUUAACUGACUGACAACCGACCGGGGUUUUAUCAUUUCACCGCGACAAUAAUAUACAAAUAGGGAAAACACACAUACAAAAUGUCACAUAACAAGGAUCAACAAACUUUAUUGGUUCAACGACCAACUCCAACCGUGGUCCGGAAUUGGCUUUUUUCAGAUGGCACGGACGGUGAACGAGCGCCAUUUUUGGCGGAACCAGUUCGUCUUACGCCGGCCUGGGAGGCGAGUAAUCUACCAAAUGAUGAGCUCAAUUUUAAAGGAAUGACAAUGGAACGAGCGAAAAUGGAAAUAAGUCCGCCAUAUGAUAAAUAUAAAUUAGUAUUCUUAACGUUUUUACUACAUGGACUGGGGACAUUGAUGCCAUGGAAUAUGUUUAUCACAGCGAAAUCGUAUUUCGUUGACUUUAAACUGGACGAAUCGUACACAGGUACGAAAUCAGAAUAUGCAACAAAUUUCUUGGCUUACGUUGGUUUUGCUGCUCAAAUACCAAAUGUGUUUUUCAACUGGAUUAACAUCUUCGUGCAGAUGGGUGGCAAUCUCACAACUCGGAUUAUCUGGAGUAUUCUACUGGAGAUCAUUCUCUUCGUAAUCACAGUAUUGCUGGCAAUGGUCGAUUCAUCAGAAUGGCCGGGAUUAUUUUUCUGGGUCACAAUGUUAACGGUCGUUGUGAUAAAUAUGGCUAAUGGUAUUUAUCAGAACACCGUGUUCGGCAUGGCAGCGAAGUUGCCCAUCAAAUAUACUGGGGCAGUAGUUUUAGGAUCGAAUGUUAGUGGUCUUUUUGCUACAAUCAUUCAGAUAGCGAGUUCCGCGAUUGCUUCGUCGCAUCGUACAGCAGCAAUCUACUAUUUCAUCACUGCCAUGUUUAUUCUACUAUUGUGUUUCGAUACAUACUUCGCGUUGCCUUUAAAUAGAUUUUAUAGAUACCAUGAAAUGCUUAAUGCAAAAGAAUCAGAAAAACAUAAGACUGAGGACGAACAUAGGAGCAUACCAUAUUGGCAAAUCUUUAAGCAGAGCUCAGUGCAAAUGUUCAAUGUAUUUUUGAUAUUCUUCGUGACUUUGUCUGUAUUCCCAGCCGUGCAUUCAGACAUCAAACCACUAGACGAAAAUUUCAUAAUUCCCCCGCAAUAUUUCACUAUCAUCACGUGUUUCCUUACGUUUAACUUCUUUGCUAUGCUUGGAAGUUUGCUGACGUCGUGGGUCCAAUGGCCGAAACCAAAAUAUCUGAUAUGGCCAGUUCUUGCGCGAUUGGUGUUCAUCCCUCUAUUCCUGUUUUGUAAUUAUUUGCCUAGAGAUAUCGAAAGGACUUUGCCAGUUUUGAUUACUAGUGACUGGGGUUAUUGGAUUAUCGCUAUCUUAAUGUCCCUUUCGUCAGGAUAUUUAAGCUCGCUCGGUAUGAUGUACGCGCCGCAUACUGUUGAACCCAAGUACGCCGUCACUGCAGGCAUGUUUGCCGGUGCUAUGCUCAUCACCGGUAUCUUUUCUGGUAUCCUGUUCUCAAUGGUAUUCCCUUAUACUGUGCAAUUGUAAGACGUUGAUAUCCAGAAAAGAUACAGCAAAAUAUAUAUGUACUUGUUAUCUGUUUUUAUCAAUAUUUAAGUUUUCAAACCAGAAUAAAAAAGUUUUUACAUUUGUACUAUAAACCCUAAAGGUUUAAAAAAAAAAGAUAUAAAUAGAAUCACAUUUUUAGGUAAUUAUAUCUAAAGUCUGUUGAAAAAUGCGUGAAAAAAAAAUAAAUUUUAAUCCAAACUAUGAAAUAUUUAUUAAUGCGAAUUCUACUAAGGAAAAGUACAAAAAAUUAAUCAAUCAAAGAAUAUAAAACUUUUUUGUUCCCAUCUUUGUACAUAAAAAAAUAAUGCACAUGAAAAAAAUCUAAUCUGGAAAAAGUAAUGAAAAGAUACUGACAUUGAAAGUGAAUAUAAAAAACUAAAGAAAAAAGAGAAAGCAAUCUCUUGUUAGUUCUAAAUGCAGAAACCCGCGAGCAAUCACUAUCUUUAAGUCCGCUAACUAAUCAAACCCGUAAUCUAUUAUAACGUUUCUAUCCGGCAUCAAGCCAUGCCGUACUUUUCGAUUCAUACCCCUUAAUAUCUGCUGUUUCUAAGGCAAGGAACAGCUUGCAAUGAUUUUCAAUAUUUUCGGUUCACUAACCACAAAUUCCUGCACCGAUUUAGUGUCUUAUAACUUGCUUGGCUUGACUCCAUUGUAAAUAUUCGUGUUUACAAUGCAUAGUUUUGUAAUUUAUAUACCUCAUCUGAAAAAGACACUAGUUCAACGUUUUCAAAACCUCUUAGUUUAAUUUAAUGUAAUUAUGAAUAAUUAAGGACUAAUUUGGGGUGAUGCAUCCUCAAUUUCAAACCAUUUCAAUGCUUCUGUAUAAUAAUCACAGCUAAGAGCGGAAAGUCACCUCCCUCGCAAACCUUUUUAUCAUUUGCGUUUCUAUUCAAAAAAGAUGCAUCAUCUCAUUUAAGCAAUUCAUGUUUGUGUGAAAACUACUUUAAGUUUAUAAGUGUAACAGUAAUGUUGAAUUUUUAUCAACAACAAUUUUGAGAUUUUUGAUCCUUUUCUACGUUAGUAAUCGAACUCAGUUUUGUAGUACUAAUAAUUUCACAGAUAUUUCUUUAAUUGAUGAGUAUCUAAAUGAUCGUUUAAUAGAUAAUAAUUUAUAUAUUUCGCUAUACACUCGUAUGUCUCUUAGUUUUUAUUUAAAUGAUUUUCUGCUUUUCUUUUUUAUUUAAACUCAUUAUUGCGUAAAUAUAAAUUGAAUAAGGUUUUCA